AUGCUGCCCAAGAAAGCCGCCAUGUAUGCGGUGGAGGACGAUCUGGUGAGUCUAUCCACGGUGUACGACCUUCUGGAUGAGCAGCAGCACUUUUACAAGGAGCUAAUCCAGCAGCAGGAGCGGAACUACAGAGCCUUUCUUCAGAUGGUCAUGGACUCCACCUCCAGCCGCAUGGACAGCCUGGUGCGAGAGAUGCAAGACCUGAGGAACUGUCUACAGAGGACAAAGUCGGAUCUGUCCGAAGUGAAGAGGCAUGGUGUGCAGAACAGCAAGCGCACCGAGUGUCUGGCUGAAGGCCUGGUGAUGGUCCGGGAAGCACUGGACGGACAGACCAUGAAGGAGAGUAGGAGCGGAGUGAGACCAGCCGACCCAAAGCGCUCUGGUUUAAGGCUGGACUCGAGUGGACGGGCUGUGGCUGGUCGAGCGGAGCUGAAGAAGAUCGAGCCUAAAGCUGUGAAGCUUGUAGCAGAUCUCACCGACAUCCACUUUGAAAACCUAAAGGUCGUGUGUAAGGAGUAA